UGUUCUUCGGUGCGGCAUUAUGCGACGGUUAUGCGUCUUGGUUCUAUUCCGCAAUCGGCCGGCACUGCUGUCCACAGCCUCCGCGGUUAGAGGAAGCUUCUCGCAGAUCGAUUCUAGCGAAAUUAGUGGAAGGACGGCCGCGAUUUUUCACUUCUUCCCAUUUGGGAAAUGUACCUCUGUCUGUCAUUCUUCAUCGUAUCUUGUAACUUUGUCAUCACGCGUUAUGCUAGAACAUUCAACGAUGAGAAGAAACGUAUAUUUCGAUGAGCCACGUUGAAGUGCUUUUUUUUUUUUGACUACCAACGGAUCGUUCGAUCAAGGACAAAUUCCAAGAUAACAACUCUUCUCGAAAGGAACUUAAAAAAAGAAUAAUCCGGCUCUUAUGAGUAGUACGAGUCAUCUAGAAAAAAAAAAAAAAAAUAGAAAGAAAUAAAACUGUGAGAAAAAGUAUUGAGAUAUAAGGGAUGAAAAAAGAGGGAUGCAGCAGCAUUUGCAGCAUCUUGCAUCUUUUCUUCAUCAAUUAAUUGUUUUUCAUUUAUUUUCAAUCUUAUGCUCUUACGUAUGCUCUUUGUCUAAAUUAUUACUUCAAAUUAGGUCAUAGUUCGUUCAAGAUUUGUGCAUAUGUCAGUAGAUCUGAAAUUGUUAUUGGUAAUCUAGAAAAAAAUAUUAAAAAAGGAAUAAUAUACUUGAUUGAAAACUUUCUUAAUUUUAUUAUGUAGCUUAAUGAAAAGAUAAUAUUAUUUUUUGUAAAAUAAUACACAUCGCAUUGAUCCGAUCGGACGUGUUUGUUCUCUUUCAAGAAAGAAGAAGAAGAAGAAGAAGAUAAUUCAUGGUGAUUAUUUUUCAUAAUUUCCUUGGGUCUCUUUGAUAUGUGGACCAGCUGGUUCAGUACAGAUUAUAAUUAUAAAGUGAGUAUGUCAAGAAGGAAGAUUGGCAGUGGUGAGAGACAAUUUAACAACGUGGAUUACACACAGCUAACCGAAACUGACAAUGGCUUUAUAGAUUCACAGUUUGUGAAUCCACCAGUGAAAAUACCAUGGAAAGCCAUCACGUUAGCUGCUCUUUUAUUUGUAGGAGGAACCGUUAUGCUCAUAAUGGGAAGUUUAAUAAUCAGCGGUCACAUUGAUUCCAAAUAUUCUGAUAGAAUGUGGCCUGUGAUUAUAUUAGGAGCAUUAAUGUUUAUACCUGGAGCUUACCACAUGAGAGUUGCUAUUUUAGCUUACCAAAAAGUACCUGGUUAUUCUUUCGAUGAUAUACCUGAGUUCGAUUAAGUUAGUAUAUAAUUAUAUUUCAAGAAAUGUGUAUAUAUAUAUAUACGAUGAGAUAUGAGUAAUAAUACAGUAAUUAUAUAUAUAUAUAUAAUAAUUACUCAUAUCUCAUCGUCAUCUAUUUUGAUUUGUACGCAAUAUUUUAUAUAUAAAACAAAACAAAAGAAAAAAUAUGAUUAUUGCACAU